AUGACUAGUCCUGACCAGGACGCCGGUCGAGAAUAUCUGGUGGUGCGAGAGAUUUUGGAGCCAAUGGCUCAUGAUCCCGACAAACGCGGCAUCCGAGUUUCCAGAGCCCGCCGCAGCGGCGUGUUCGACAGUGACAAGGUUGAAGACGAUGAGGAAUGCGACAGAGAUGACGACAUUGACUGCGAAAGCGAAAUCAGCGACCUUCCAUCGCUCACGGAUAUCUUUCUGCGGAGCGACUCAGGAUUCGGAGGAAGUGCCGACCUCAACUGCAAGGCUUCCGCAUCGUCCGCUCCCGUUGACAGGACCGGCAAGGAGUGUUGUCGCGAGGGCGACUGUGAGAGUAGUGGCAAUCCUACCGCGACGACUGCCGCGGGCAUUCGGCUCGGUGCCAGCCAAGACAACCCGAUUGUGCUGGAGGAUGACCAGCCAGUUGAUAUCUCCGACGCUGCUUCCCCUGACGACCAAAACCCCAACCCUCGAAGUCGCGGACCCGGCCCCUCCCAGCGGUUCCUCCCCAACUUUGCCUGGAGGAUUUGCCGAACCAGGCAUAGAGGAUGGAAAGGAUACUCCAGACAGCCUGGCGAAGUACAACCGAAUGACCCUGUAGGUGACGAGAAAGAAGGAGGAAACAACAAAUCGGAAGAAGACGACGCUGCCCGCACUCGGACUCUCACCAGAGGCAAUGGCGGCAACGAGUGCAGUGGCAGUGGCAUAGGUUAA